AUGAAUCCCGCCAAAACCUUAGCCAGAAUCCCCACGCCGCUAACUCCGAAUAUCAAAUGGAACGACGUCGCUUUUCAGUUCUGUCACAAAUCCCCUCUAACUCGGUUCGCACAGGUUGCGUCGGAUUAUACUUCUGCGGGGGUUUCGCAAAAUCGAGAGGGAGACAAGUUGGAUGUAUUAGAAGAGAAUAUAGAGAAGGUUAUCUAUGGAUGCCGCUUCUUCGCAAUUCUCGCGGUUUGGGGAUCGCUCGUUGGAUCUUUUCUUUGUUUUAUCAAGGGUUGUGUUUAUGUUAUAUCGUCAUUUCAAGGCUAUCUAUUGGACCGAGGGAGAGUGAUCUCGUCCCUUGUUGAGGCUACUGAUGUCUACCUUCUCGGAACUGUGAUGUUGGUGUUCGGGAUGGGGCUGUACGAGCUGUUCAUCAGCAAUCUUGACAAAGCGAAAUCCAGCCCAGAUGGAAGCACCACCUACAGAUCAAACUUGUUUGGCUUGUUCACUCUCAAGGAACGGCCGCGGUGGCUGGAGAUAAAGACGGUAAACGAGCUGAAAACGAAACUGGGGCAUGUUAUAGUGAUGCUUCUUCUGAUUGGUUUCUUUGACAAGAGUAAGAGAGCAGUGAUACAAUCACCUCUUGAUCUUCUUUGUUUCUCUGCAUCAGUACUCCUCUGCUCUGGUUGCCUCUUCUUGCUGUCAAAGCUAAACCACUGAAUUUUCAUAAUAGCUUAGUGCUUGAAUCCUGUGCAAUUAUAGUUGUGUAUUUAUCCAAGUUGAUGUAGAGUAAUUCAUGCUAAAUUUGUCUUUGAUUCAUCUCAUCAUCUAUAUGUAUGAUGUAUCUAUCAUAGAUGGGCAAUGGAAGUAUGAGUUUUGAGUUCAAA